AUGUCUGGCCCAACCGAUGAGACUGCUGGAGACCUGCCUGUGAAAGAUACGGGUCUAAACGUCCUUAAAAUGGGUGGGUUACAAGAAACUUCAACAGCUUGGACAGUGAAGUCUCGCCAGGCAGUGUCACGUGUCAGUCGUGAGGAGCUGGAAGACAGAUUUUUGCGUUUGCAUGAUGAGAACAUUAUCCUUAAACAGCAUGCCCGAAAGCAAGAAGAUAAAAUUAAAAGAAUGGCCACCAAGUUAAUACGGCUAGUUAAUGACAAGAAAAGAUACGAGCGGGUUGGUGGCGUCCCCAAGCGGCUGGGACGAGACGUGGAAAUGGAAGAAAUGAUUGAGCGCCUGCAAGAGAAAGUCCAUGAGCUGGAAAGACAAAAUGAAGCCCUCAAAAACAGGCUCAUUUCAGCCAAACAGCAACUUCAAAUCCAAGGUUACAGGCAAACUCCAUACAAUCACGUGCAAUCACGUAUUAACACUGGGCGCAGAAAGGUAAAUGAAAAUGCAGGAACACAGGAGUGCCCCCGGAAAGGUAUGAGGUUCCAGAAUGCAGAUGUAGCCAAAACUCCACAACCCAUGUUAACAAAACAGGGCAACAGUUUACUGGAAGAAGCAAGGGGAGAAAUCAGAAAUCUAGAAAAUGUUACUCAAACACAAAGAGGCCAAAUAGAAGAAUUGGAGCACUUGACCAACAUACUGAAAACUCAGUUGAGGCAAAAAGAAAAUGAAAUUGAGUUAUCUCUUCUUCAGCUUCGAGAACAGCAAGCUACAGAGCAAAGGUCAAACAUUCGGGACAAUGUAGAAAUGAUUAAGCUUCAUAAGCAAUUAGUAGAGAAAAGCAAUGCCCUUUCAGUGAUGGAAGGAAAAUUUAUUCAGCUUCAAGAGAAGCAAAAAACUCUCAGGAUCAGCCAUGAUGCCUUGAUGGCAAAUGGAAAUGAACUAAAUAUGCAGCUUAAAGAGCAGCGCUUAAAAUGCUGCAAUCUUGAGAAACAAUUAAACUCUAUGACAUUUUCUGAAAAAAGGCUAGAAGAGUUGCAGGAUAGAAUCAAUGAUUUAGAAAAGGAGCGAGAACUUUUAAAGGAAAAUUAUGAUAAACUCUAUAACAGCGCCUUCAAUGAUGCCCAGGAAGAGCAGUGGAAGCUCAGGGAGCAGCAGCUGAAAGUGCAGAUUGCUCAGCUCGAGGCCACCUUAAAAUCUGACUUAACAGACAAAGCUGAAAUCCUUGACAGAUUAAAAACGGAAAAAGAUAAAUAUGAAAAACUCAUUCAAGAGAAUAAAGAUCUACAGUUACAGUAUCUAGAACAAAAGCAACAACUUGAUGAACUUAAAAACCGCAUGAAGUUUUUUGACAAGGAGAGUGAUGUUAAUGUUGAUGAAUUGAGAGAAGCUCUCCUACUCAUAAAGGCUCAAAAAGAACAAAAGAAUGGUGGAGACCCUUCCUUUUUAGAGAAAAUAGACAAUAAAAGUAACAAAGAUCUAGAACGUUCCAUGAGAGAACUGCAAGCGACUCAUGCAGAAACAGUCCAAGAACUUGAAAAGACAAGAAACAUGCUAAUUAUGCAACAUAAAAUUAAUAAGGAUUAUCAGAUGGAAGUUGAGGUAGUAACCCAGAAGAUGGAAAAUUUGCAGCGAGAUUAUGAACUAAAAGUAGAACAGUACGUUCAUCUUCUGGAUCUCAGGGCAGCACGUAUCCAGAAAUUAGAAGCCCAAUUAAAUGAUAUUGCCUAUGGCACCAAGCAGUACAAAUUUAAAUCUAAAAUCAUGCCAGAUGACUCUGUUGAUGAGUUUGAUGAAACCAUCCACUUAGAACGAGGCGAAAAUCUAUUUGAAAUCCAUAUCAACAAAGUCCAUUUUUCUUCUGAAGUUUUCCAAGCAUCUGGAGAUAAAGAGCCAGUCACUUUCUGUACCUAUGCUUUCUAUGACUUUGAACUACAGACUACGCCUCUUGUGCAAGGCCUUCACCCCGAAUAUAACUUUACUUCUCAGUAUCUUAUCCACGUUAAUGACUUAUUUUUGCAAUAUAUUCAGAAGAAUACAGUCACUCUUGAAGUCCACCAAGCUUACAGCACAGAUUAUGAAACCGUUGCCGCUUGUCAGUUGAGAUUCCAUGAAAUCCUAGAAAAAAGUGGUCGAAUAUUUAGCAAAGCCAGUUUGGUCGGCACUAAAGGAGAUAGCCCACAUUUUGGCACAGUGGAAUACUGGUUCCGAUUAAGGGUUCCCAUGGAGCAAGCAAUUCGACUUUAUCAAGAGCGAGCAAAAGCUUUGGGAUAUAUCACAUCAAAUUUCAAGAGACCAGACAAAAUGCAAUGGUUAAGUCAGAAAACACCCCAAACUACUCUGCUACGCUCUACAGAUCUCACAGAUGGCAAUUUAAAUGAACUUUAUAUUACAAUAAAGUGCUGCAGUCAGCUGAAGUCCCGAGCAAGCCACCUACAGCCACACCCGUACGUUGUGUACAAGUUUUUUGAUUUUGCGGACCAUGACACAGCCAUCAUUCCCAGUAGCAAUGAUCCACACUUUGAUGACCAGAUGUGCUUCCCAGUCCCAAUGAAUAUGGACUUGGACCGAUACCUUAAGUCCGAGUCUCUGAAUUUUUAUGUGUUUGAUGAUAGUGAUACCCAGGAAAAUAUUUACAUAGGAAAAGUCAGUGUGCCUCUCAUUUCGUUGGCGCAUGACAGGUGUAUCUCAGGAAUAUUUGAGUUAGCAGAUCAUAACAAGCAUCCUGCAGGCACCAUCCAUGUUGUCUUAAAAUGGAAAUUUACUUACCUUCCACCCAGUGAAUCGGUAAUAACUGAAGACUUGGGAAGUUUAAUUCAAAAUGAAAAGUCAGAAGUUGUUCAAAGACUCCCUCCACCAUCCUCUGUUAGUUCAUCCACUGUGGCUCCAACACCAAAACCACGACAGCGUUUAACACCUGGAGACAAAAAGGUGUCCUUUGUGGAUAACUUGCCUCGUCAGAGUUCAGAGACUUCUACUCCUGACGAGAAGAAGGAAAUUUUACCAGAAGUGAAGCAGACACCAGAAAUAGAAACAAUCACGCCAACUAACAUAGAAUAUUCAAAUGUUCCAGAGGUUUCACAAGAAAGCAAUACAGAUAAAAUUAAAAAGGACAUUGAGAAAAUACAACAAGAAAAUGAAGAUGUAUCUUUAUUAUCUGAAGGUCAGCUUGAAGAGCAAAGCGUACCUUCUUCUGAAGAUGAAACAGAAAUAAGUGAGGAAUUGGAGCCAAGAGAUGAAGAAGAUAGAUCGCCUACUGACAGUGACGACUGUGUUAUUACAAGCUCUGUCUCAAAGAAUAUUAAACAGCCAUUAGAAAAAAUUCGAAUUGAGAUCAUAGCUCUAACCCUUCACGAAUCUCGAGUAACCAAAGAUGAUAGCAUUCAGCGACUCUUUGUUGAGUGCCGAUUCUACAAUCUUCCUGCUGAAGAGACGCCUAUAUCGCUUCCAAAACCCAAGAGUGGGCAAUGGGUCUACUACAAUUAUAGCAAUGUUAUCUACGUGGAUAAAGAAAACAACCAAGCCAAGAGAGAAGUCUUAAAAGCUAUAUUACAAAAGCAGGAGAUGCCUAAUAGAAGCCUUCGUUUUACUGUAGUCAGCGAUCCGCCAGAGGAUGAACAGGAUCUGGAAUGCGAGGACAUCGGCCUUGCUCACAUCGACCUCACUGACAUGUUUCGGGAAGGCAGAGACAUCAUUGAAGAAAACAUUGAUGUUUUUGAUGUACAAGCAGAUGGUGAAGGUAUUGGCAAGCUGAGGGUAACAGUCGAAGCUCUCCAUGCCCUGCGGUCUGUCUACAAGGAAUACAGCAAGAACUUGGAGGCUUGA